AUGGCAUCUCCACUUUCAGUAAUGGGUUUUCAGCUACUCCAGUUAUUUUACGUAUGGAGUGGCAUAUGUGUCGUAGCCAUGACACUUGUACAUGUUGGAACACUCCCGGCAGCCACUAAAGCUAGUAGUACCUUUGUUGGGAACGAGACUGAUCGUUUUGCGUUGCUCACCUUCAAGUCAAAGAUUUUGCAAGACCCUCAUGGGGUUGUGAGCUCAUGGAACAAUUCUCUCCAUUUCUGGAACCUCACCUUCCUUCGGGGGUUGUCGCUCUCUAACAACACUUUUCAGGGUGAAAUCCCUGUUGAACUCGGCAACCUGUUCAGGUUGCAAAUUUUGAACCUGACCAACAACAACUUUGAAGGAGAAAUUCCAGCUAGCUUAUCCCGCUGCUCCAACCUCACAUACCUUGAUGUUGGUAAAAAUAAACUAGUCGGGAAAUUCCCCAAAGAGCUUACUUCCUUGCCAAAGCUCACAUUUCUUGCCAUUCACAAGAACAAUUUGACUGGAGGUAUUUCUCCAUUCAUUGGGAAUCUUACUUCUCUGAAAAGCUUUUCUGCUGCUGGAAAUUCUUUUGGAGGAAGUAUUCCAGAUACCUUGGGUCAAUUGAAAAAAUUAACAAAACUUGGAUUGGGUGGCAAUCAACUCUCCGGUAUGAUCCCUCCAUCUAUUUAUAAUCUUUCAUUCCUAAAUCUUUUUUCUGUGUCUUUUAACCAACUUCAUGGUAGUCUUCCGCCAAGCUUUGGUUUCAUGUUCCCUAAUCUUCAAUUCCUCCAGUUAAAUGAUAACCAAUUUACCGGAACCCUUCCAUUGUCAAUAUCAAAUUUUUCAAAAAUUGAAAAUUUUCAAGCAGAAUAUAACAACUUCAAUGGGAAAAUAACAAUUAAUUUUGGAAGACUACAGAAUCUCAAGGACAUAGCUCUAUCUGAUAACAAUUUCGGAAGUGGGGAACCAGAUGACCUAGCCUUUAUUGGUUCUUUCGCCAACUGGAGCAAUUUGGAAACAUUGAGUAUGGAGGUAAACCAAUUUAGAGGGGUGAUACCAGAAUCUGUUGGCAACCUGUCAAAGAAUCUGUUUUUCUUUACACUUGGUGCAAAUCAAAUAUAUGGAACUAUUCCUUCAACAAUAGGUAACCUUGUCAACUUGGAUGAGUUGGGUAUGGACGGUAACCAAUUCACAGGUACAAUUCCAACUAGCAUAGGAAAUCUUCCAAAGAUGAAAUUGUUGACUUUUGAAAUGAACCACCUCUCAGGGAAAAUUCCAGAUUCCAUCGGAAACCUGUCAUUGUUGAUUGAACUUUUCUUAGGGGGCAACAGACUAGAGGGGACCGUACCCUCAAGGCUUGCUAACUGUAAAAAGCUGUUGUGGCUGGACCUUCACCAAAACAACUUGAGUGGAAACAUUCCCAAAGAACUCUUGAAAGUCUCAUCUUUGUCAAUUUCAUUAAAUCUAGCUCGGAAUCGUUUGUCUGGUUCCUUGCCAACAGAGAUUGGAAACCUUAAGAAUUUAAUAGAACUGGAUAUCUCUGAGAAUAGGUUGUCUGGUGAAAUUCCUAGCAGUCUUGGUAGUUGCACUAGCCUUGAAAACCUUUAUAUGCAGGAAAAUUCUUUUCAAGGAUCUAUUCCUCUAUCAUUGGAAUCUUUGAGAGUUACCAAUGGAGGGGCUUUCGCAAAUGCAAGUGCAAUAUCAAUUGUUGGAAAUCAAAGGCUUUGUGGGGGUAUUUCUGAGCUACAACUACCGAGUUGCAUCACCAAGAAAUCAAAACAUAAGAUGCGUAUUUCACAUAUAUUGGCAAUUACAGCAGCUUCUGUACUUGUUGGAGCAGCACUUUUGUCAUUCUUUACAAUUUAUUUGUUCAAGAAGCAAAGAACAGCUCAAUCUACAGUUCCAGUGUUGAAAGAAUCAUUCUUGAAAGUCUCCUAUGAGAAACUCCUCAAAGCAACAGACGGUUUCUCUUCUGCGAACCUAAUUGGUUUUGGUAGUUUUGGCUCUGUAUAUAGAGGAAUUCUCGUUCAGGAUAGGGAGUUUGUUGUCGCUAUCAAAGUACUUAACCUUCAAAAUCGUGUAGCCAUCAAGAGUUUCAGGGCAGAGUGUGAAACCUUGAGAAAUAUUCGACACCGAAACUUGGUUAGGAUCAUAACUUCUUGUUCCAGUGUUGAUUUUCAAGGGGAUGAUUUCAAAGCUCUAGUUUAUGAGUUCAUGCCAAAUGGGAGUCUAGAGAGGUGGUUGCAUGCAAGUCUAGAAACAAAUAAUGGGCAAAAUGAGCAGCAGAGACUCAACCUUCUACAAAGAAUAAACAUUGCCAUAGAUGUGGCUUGUGCGCUCGAUUAUCUUCAUCACCAAUGCCAAACACUGAUCAUUCACUGUGAUUUGAAGCCGAGUAAUAUCCUUCUUGACCGUGAGAUGGUUGCCCAUAUUGGAGAUUUUGGUCUAGCUAAAUUUUUCCCAGAGCUCACCAAUCCAAAUCAAAGUAGCUCAAUUGGAGUAAGGGGAACCAUCGGAUAUGUAGCUCCUGAGUAUGGGCUCGGAAGUGAGAUUUCAACUUAUGGUGAUGUCUACAGUUAUGGGAUCUUGUUAUUGGAGAUGAUAACAGGGAAGAGACCCACAGAGAACAUGUUUGAGGAUGAGCAUAAUCUUCACAACUUCGCAAGAACAGCCUUGCCUGACCGAGUGAUGGAGAUUGUAGACCCGGUACUCCUAGACAAUGAGGAAGAAGAGACUAGAGCAACAACAAUUCAAGUGAACAAUCGCUGCAAAAUUGUGGAAUGUUUGAUUUCCAUGGUCAAUAUUGGAGUGGCAUGCUCUACAGAGUCACCACAAGGUCGAAUGAGCAUAAGUAAUAUCCUCCAUGAACUUCAUUUGGUCAAGAACAAACUCCUAAAAGACGAACUUCGAACUAGGUGCCAAAUUGAAAAGGACACUACGUAGAUUAUUGGACAAUAAUGGAAGCGAGCAUGGCAUGUUUUCUAGUGACAAUAUGAAGCUUGAUGCUCGUCAAAACAGUGAGAAAUGGUGAACAGUAAGUCAAAAAGGAAGAGGAUUAUGAUUAUCACAAAUUGUAUAAAUUGUAUGAUUAUCACAAAAAGGGAGAAUGAUAAUGUAAUGUACGUGUGAUGUGAGUUUGUUUUCCUUUUUAAUUUCAGGCCUUCAAUUUUAUAUAUAAGCUAUUCAA